AUGGCCAGUUCCGCAAUGAAUAGUUUGAUGCAAAAUGAAAUUAAACAGUACAUUACACCGGAGAGUCUCAAGCGAGACUUUGAUGGUAGUAUCUCAUCAAGCCCAAGUACAAUUCAUGUCCUUCAAUGGAAUGUUCUUGCGCAAGCUCUUUCAUAUACCAAAGACAACUUUGUACGUGUCAAUAAUGAUAUAGUCGAUUUUGAGAAACGGAAAUGGCGUAUUCUUGAACAAAUUAUCAUUCGUCGACCAGAUUUAUGUGCAUUAGAAGAAAUGGACAUAUUUAAUUGUUUUUUAGAAAAUGAAUUGCCCAAAUAUGGGUAUACAUGCUUUUUUGUGCCCAAGAUCAAUUCCAAAUGUUUCUUAUUUGAAGCUGACACCAAAAAUUUCAAGGGUGCCGAUGGUACACUUUUAUGUUACAAAACUGACUUAUUUAAUGAGCUCAGUCGUAACGGAGAACAAUUGCCAGACGAUGGCCGACGCGAAAAACAGAUAUUUGCUGUUCUUCAUCUGGAACAUAAGCCUUCAUCGAAAAAAAUUGUUUUUAUUGGAACUCAUUUUAAAUCUAAGAAAGAAUUUAAAGCAUCGAGAUUGCAUCAAGCCGAAGCAAUUAUCGAACAUUUAAAAACCAAAUAUCCUACAUCAUCACACGUGAUUCUUGCUGGUGAUUUGAAUGGAGACUUUGAGGAGCCUUGCUACACUGAGUUAGUCAAUUUUGGUUUAAAAAGUGCUUAUAGAACAAAGAUGGGCGAUAAAGAACCAUCAUAUACUACUUGGACAUACAAGGGACGUGAUGGGACUGAACGUGAACAAUGCAAAGCGAUCGAUUAUGUUUUUUAUAGCCCAAAAGGAUUUACACCUGAGGCUAUUUUACAAUUACCAAGUAAAGAUGAUAUUGGACCUAAUGCACUACCAUCAAUCAAUUAUCCAUCGGAUCAUUUGGCACUCGAAGUUAUAUUGAAUAUUGAACAAUAA